AUGUCUGCGGCGAGCGGCAGCAAACCCGCGAGGCCCGCACCUGGCUUUCAAAGGGUCAGCGAAGUCAUCGGCGGCAAGGUACACGAAGUAUUUGUGAUCGACGACGACACACCGCCACCUUCCAACCCGCUCAGCGUACAGUCCGCACGCGAUCCGCACAUGGUCAACAACUACGCUCACGUCAACGGCCACGCGGCAGCAGGCGCUCCCUACUCGUCCACUUUGCAUGGCUACGCUUCUGGCUCGGCUGCUGAUCCGCGUUACGAUGCCAACGUGCGCCUCGCCACGGGCAAACGCAAGGCGCAGGAUAAUGGAGCCAAUGCACGCCUCUCGAGUGGCGGGCAUCUCAACAUGUUGCCGCACGAUGCCGAUUUGAUCGCUCCCGCACCACAUACCGGAUUGCACGGCAUGCCAGGCGAUGUUCCGGUCCAGAAGCGGCGCAAGAGGAGUCAUCCGGUCAAGCCGGAGGAUGGGCUUGCGACAGGCGGCGUGUACGAUCCUCACGAUGCUGCAACGGCGGCGGCAGCGCAUCUGGUCGCAUCGGGCGCAGCGGGUUUGGUGCCCGCAAAACGGCAUGCUCCGGAAAUGGCACAAGCAAGAGUACAACCCAACUACCGAGGAGGCUAUCCAGCAGGCGCCGGGGCGCUCGACUACGCGGCACGGUACGAUCCAGCGACUGCCAAUGCCGCGUUUGCACACGCGCCACCGUCCGGGUACGAGGGAACCGCGAGCACACGCGACUCGUACGCCAGCUCUGCAUCCUACGUUGCCGCAGCUGCAGCCAACACCGGCCCCGUCGACGACGACCAGGGACACUUUAUCGUCAACCAAGGCGACUACGUCACGAGUCGGUACAAGAUCCUGCGCUUGCUGGGGCAAGGCACGUUUGGCAAAGUGGUCGAGUGCUACGACAAGAGGCUGCGCAAGUACGUGGCGAUCAAGAUCAUCCGCGCGGUGCAAAAGUACCGCGAUGCGAGUCAGAUCGAGAUCCGAGUGCUGCGUACGCUUCGCGAAAACGAUCCGGGCAACGACAACAAGUGCAUCCACCUGCUGGAGACGUUCAACUUCAAGAACCACGUAUGCAUCGUCUCGGAGCUGCUGGGUAAGAGCGUGUUCGAUUUCCUCAAGGAGAACAAGUUUCAGCCAUUCCCACCGCUGCACAUCUGGCAGUUUUCCAAGCAGCUCAUGCAGAGCGUGGCGUUCCUGCAUCGGCUGAAUCUGGUGCAUACGGAUCUCAAGCCGGAAAACAUUCUACUGGUUAGCAGCGAACAUACGGUGCAAGCGACAUCUCGGAGGCAGAAUGCAAAGCGGAAGCAUGUUCUGCACAACACCGAGAUUCGACUGAUCGACUUUGGAUCUGCGACGUUCAACGACGAGUUUCACUCGUCGGUCGUUUCGACGCGCCACUACCGAGCACCGGAGAUCAUCCUGUCGAUGGGCUGGUCGUUCCCGUGCGACGUGUGGUCCAUCGGCUGCAUCCUCGUUGAAUUCUUCACCGGCGACGCCCUCUUUCAAACGCACGACAACCUCGAACACCUCGCCAUGAUGGAAGCAGUGCUCGGCAAGAUGCCCGACGACUACAGGAGGAAAGCGGAAACGUACAAGCCCGAGUACUUUAAACACGGAGCACUGAAGUAUCCGGUGGCGGAGACGAGCAAGGACAGUAGGAAGUACGUGAGGCAGAUGAAGAAGCUGCAGGAUCUGAUCGCGUCGCCGGCGGCGAGUCAGGCGCAGUACUCGAGGCACAACAUGCGGUUCUUGGAUCUGCUGAGGAAGCUACUGGAGUUCGAUGCGGGGAAGCGGAUCAAGGUGGCGGAUGCGUUGAAGCAUCCUUACUUCCAGUUGGAUCCAGAGAAGGAUUUCCCGCCUGUAUGA